AGGUGACAUGGUGUGGCUGUAACUAGAUAAAAAAGUGUUAAAAGGAAAGAAAUAUCAUCUAGGCUUGAGUGGAGUUUGUCAGGAGACUGUAAGCAGAAGUAGCCCUGUCAUUUGGGAGCCCUAACAUAGCCUAGACACGUUGGUCUGGGGACACCACUGGGGUGAUGAGCUGCACAGGCACAGAGGUCUGUGGGAGCCUGCCCUGUGCCUCCCCCCAGCUCUUGCUCCUUCUUGACUCUUCUAGGGCUGUCUGGCCAAGAAGAGGAUCUCACUUUCCCAGAGCCAUCUCGCCCUGCUGUGGAUCUCCAGCUUGUGUUGUCACCCAGGUCCGCCCUGUGUGGAGCAUCUUGUUGCGCUGCCGCCUCGUCAGGAGGGCCCAGCUGGGGUCUCUGCCUCAUCCAACCCUCGUUCGGCAGGGGAUGAGGAGCUGCCACCAUCAGGCAAGGCACGGGGCUGAGGCGGAGCGGGCAGGCUGGCCCACGGCGGCACAGGCGUCGUGGGUGGCUCAGCAGCUGCCAGGAGCCCAGCAGUGGCCCCAGCCCAGCAGUGGUGGCCAGGAGGAGAGCCUGCCCUUCAUGCUGAACCUACAGAGCUUGCCGGGGCUGACCAAUGUGGACCUGAGUGCCCAGAACCCCAAUAUUCAGGUGACCAUUGAAGUGGUGGAUGAUCCUCAGGCCGAGAUGGAGAUGGACUUGUUGAAGGAGACAAGAAAUGACUGGUCUCUGACAUCCUCUGAGUGGUUGUCCCACAAGGACCUGUUCUGGCCCCUCUUCUGGGAAUAUGACCCUGCCGAGGGGGAGGAGGAGGAGGAGGAGGAGGAGGAGGAAGAAGAGGAAGAAGAGGAGGAAGAGGAUGACAACCUGGAUGUAGGGGACAGGGAGGAAGAAGAAGAGGAUGAUGAGGAGGAGGAAGAUUACACAGCAGAGUAUGAGGAGGAAGAGUCCAUGCUCAGUGGAGUGGGAGGUAAUUGGGACCAGCGAUGGCCUGGGCAGAAGAACUGGAUCUUUAAGGAAAAAUAUAAUUACGACUAUGAAGAUGAGGAUGAGUGGAGCCUGUGGUCCCCUUGCAGCACUACCUGUGGCAGUGGGAACCAGAAGAGGACCCGGUCCUGUGGUUAUGCCUGCACAGCAACGGAGUCGAGGACCUGUGACCUGCCACACUGCCCUGGUGCAGAAGGGGAAAUGUCUUCCCCACAGAAGAGACACCUUUCAGAAGUGACAACACCACAGAGCUGUUCAACUCAGAGGGUAGACAGCUGUGAGAAAGUGGCUGAACUGCAAGAGCGACUUCCUCACCAAGUACCUGAGCAAAGUGCUGACGACCUGCCCAGCUGCCCCUGCUCCUACCCACUGGAGGCCGUCUACAGUGCCGUCAACCUGCGGGAUGACGCACAGUGCAGAGCUUCCGAUGGCGGGAUGCCAGUGGCCCAAGGAGCGCCUGGACAUCUACAAGCCCACAGCACGCUUCUGCCUGCGCUCCAUGCUCUCCCUGGACAGCACCACCCUGGCUGCCCAGCACUGCUGCGAUGACGAGCACACCCCCUCAUCACCCGCGGUAAGGGGGCUGGCGUCCCCACCUCAUCAGCACCGAGUUCUCCCCGAGCUGCACUACAAGUGGACAU